AUGGGCACGAUGCGAGAAUUCACAACCGCGACAGAAGCAAAUACAGAUCUCUCGGCCACACUUUUCAAGUCGAAAUUCACUCUGUUAAAUCCACUGCGUGUUCAAAAACUAUUUAAUAAUAUCACUGCUGAAGAAAUUCCAAUUCUAAUGGUGAAGUCUGGUGAAUCGAAACAUCCUAAUGAUCUCUUAUUGACGAGAAUUCCUGUACCUCCAGUUUGUGUUCGUCCAUCCGUUAUAUCAGGUAACUUCUAG